AUGUGGUGCGUGGUGUCCAGUGGAAAGUUUUGUGGGAAUACGCCACCAGACCCUUUCACGUCAGCGACCAAAACGUUGUCGGUAGAAUUCGUGUCCGAUGCCACCGUUCGCAGGACCGGAUUCUCGGCAACGUUUCAUGCAGUGACGCCAUGUCCAGGAGAUGGACGAGAUCCACCUAGAUCACCGCGUUGUUCCGACGCCCCUGAUGAGUUCUACAACUACUGUAAAGACCUGGGCUAUCAGAAGACAUUAGGGCCCAACAUGUUCGGUCAAGCACUCAACGAGGUCCCGAAUUCACAACAUUGGUCGGAGAUGAGGGAAGCCAACGCAUCUUGUCAUCUGCAGCUCCGGCAAUUCCUCUGUUCAUUGUUGAUGCCUCACUGUCACGUGAACAUUGUCAGAAGAAGGAUACAAAAGCAGUUACCUUGCCGAUCAUGGUGCGAAGAAGUGAAGUCAUCUUGUCCAUUAGUCUUCGCAAAUGGGUCAUCAUUCGAAUCAACGGACUGCAACCUGCUGAACAGUACAGACUGCGUCAAUUUGGAAUCCGAUGAAGACUGUUACUACGGCACGGGCCAGAACUACAAGGGCAUGACGACCCUACCGGAAGAGGGCGGGAGUACGUGCUUGAACUGGACAAGCGUUCUGUCUUCUCAGCUGAUAGCCAAGUACAACUGGGCAGACCCGCGUGAAAACUACUGUAGGAAUUUUGCAAUAGGAAACACAGAAGCGCCAUUUUGCAUGGUGAAAACAGUAGCAAAUGGCAAAGAGCUAAUCGCCAUGGAACCAUGCGGCUUGAGACCAUGCAAUGCCAUUGGAUGCGGAGUUCCCCCUGACGUGACGUUUGGGCGCAGAAGUCCGGUGAAGAACUUCUACAUGCCCGGAGAAACGGUGUUCAUCUCGUGUAACACGGGCUACAUCCUGGGGACUGAGGAGACCAGGAUAACAUGCACACAGAAUGGGACGUGGAGUAAAACGGACAUCAGCUGUUCAGCUGACUACAGUCUGCAGCUGUCCCAUGUGUUACUGGACACAGAACGGUACCUAUCUCAGCUUCCUCCGAGCACGGAUCAUGUGAAUGUAACAUUCGAGGCAGCCAUGGUCGAAAUAAUAGACGCAGAUGAGAAAAAUGAAUACAUGUUCGGAUCAUUCGCCUUCCGUCUGCGCUGGAAAGACAACCGCCUGUCCUGGACACCUGCGAGGUAUGGUGAUGUUACCCAGCUGGUCCUAACCACAGAGGAUGUAUGGAUUCCUAACAUCUACCUCAUGAGAAAUGGAGAUGCUAAGUUCAGCACGUUUCCCGCCGCUCCUGUGACAGUCACCAGUGAAGGGGAGGUGGAAUGGGACAUCAUUGAUCUACUUACAACAACCUGCGACCUCGAGCCUGCGCUGUUUCCCUUUGACUCCAUGACGUGCCCGGUGUGCCUGGGAACGACAACAAGUGUAGAACGGUUUAACUGUCCGAACCCAGGGGACGACAGGAAGCUACCAGAGUUGUACAUAGAACACUUCAUGAAAUGUGGCGACCAAGGGGAGGAAGUUGUGGACCAAUGGAACGCGAAAUGGACGGUAACCGUUGAAGGAGGAGUGUUUGGACAGGGUUGCAUCAGCGUGACCUUUAACCGCAUCCCAACAUUCCACUCCUGUACCACUCUGUCUCCUGUGAUCAUCCUCUCCAUUCUCAUGUGCAUCACAUUCAUUCUUCCAAUAGACAAGGGAGAUCGUCUAUCCUUUGGCAUCACGAUAUUGCUGUCCAUGGUGGUGUCUUUGGUCUUCAUCACGGAUGUGUUACCAGCCAAAGGGUCCAUGCCUGUUGUAGCGAUCCUGAUCGUAGUGUACAUGUGUCUGAUGGGGAUAUUUCUGAUCGCCACCGUUAUAGUCAUCAAGAUUAGCUCAAGGGAAGGAGAUCUUCCACCCCUCAUUAAGAAAGUCUUCCUCCGGUAUCUGGCCAGGAUUGUGCUUCUAGGUGAUAUGACGAAGCAACAUUCUUUAAAAUUCCUUCAAGUAGACGUGGAAGAUUUUGAGAUGGUUCAUGUUGCAAGGAAAAAGACAAGCGUUUCCACUCAAACAUCUGAUGCAGAAAUUGCUAAAGCGUCGAAGGGUGCAAACAAAAGUAAAUCAACUCCUGCAGAACCGAAGAUGCAAACGGAAGUACUAAAGCGUUUGCAGGACACCGUCCGUGACUUGGGUAACGCUGUGAACAACCUCACUGCCUCUAAACACUCAAAGACUGAUGACAACGAAGACUCAGUAAAGACGGACUAUGAGAAGAUGGCCAGGGUCCUAGACCGGAUGUGCGUGGCUCUCUAUGUCUUUAGCCUGAUAAUAUCCAUUCCGAUUAUCCGGUAUUCCGCAUAAAAUAUAAAGUGGC